AAAAGAUUGUCCCUUGUCGCACUCCGUACAUUUAUAUUACUGUGAAAGUUGGAGUGGUUGCUACCAGCUGCUCAAUUAUCGUAAUUGCACAGGAAUCUGGACUAUAAUCAGUUGGCUGCAGCUGAGGAAGUGCGUUGUUGAUCACCUCUACGUUUGUCAACAUGGUAAAUGUCCACAAAGGAGUCCUUGUUGAAUGUGAUCCUGCCAUGAAACAAUUCCUCCUCUACCUCGAUGAAACGAUGGCUUUGGGAAAGAAGUUCAUCUUAAAAGAUCUGGAUGACACACAUGUUUUCAUCCUGGCAGAGGUGGUUCAAAUCCUGCAGGAAAGAGUCGGCGAGUUAAUGGACCAAAAUUCAUUCCCCAUCACACAAAAAUAACAAUCUAUACAAAAAUAACUCCUGUACUAUGGACUGGUUGGCAAUGUUUUGGGGGGGGGUUUCAGGUAGUUUGCAGCCAUUUGCUCAACUGGAAGAGCUGCUGAUUCUUUCUAUGAAAACUCGUUUAUAUUGUAGCUGCUUAGUACGUUUCUCUAUAUUGUGUUGGAUUACCUAAAGCUGAUAAGUGUUACAUAGAAAUAAUUCUUAAAGGAAAAGAAACAAAACUUCACAAUAAUGCUUCUUUGGAGGUGAGCCCUGACAGAACAUUUGGUAAUUAAACCCAAGCAAGAAUUAAACCCAAGCAAGAAUUAAACCCAAGCAAGGAAAGAACCAGAAAUUGGCAUCAACAUUGAUUUAUUUUAUUUUUCAAAAGUUGUUUGCAAAUGAAAUUACUCCACCUUAAGACAAUGUCUUCUCUUUUCAUGGGAAAUACAAUGUACAAGCAUCCCCCCACACACACCUCCAAAAAAUGAUGUUCCGUUUUUGUUUUUCUAACCAGAUAUUUUUUUAAAAAUAAAAACAAACCUAUAGUUUGUUUUCUAGCUGUUAGAAGCUUAUUUUUAUAAUUUGCUGUGACAUGUCUUUAAAUUGAGUGACAUUUUUAGGAUAUUCAAGAACUAACUGAAAAUUAAAUAUUCGUUCAAAAACUGUGCGUUUUGUCUCCCUCUAGUGUUUAAGCGCGAAACUGCAAAAUUCCUUUGACAUUUGAGUUCCUGUCGUUAACUCGUGUUUGUAGCGUGAACUGUUCUAGAGUUCCGGUUAUUUUCAAAAUAAGACUACUGGCAGUUUGCAACUAUACCUGAGUUUUCUUACAGCUUCCAUCAAAAACAUUUCUGCCGCUCUAAUUUUAUAACGUUUAAAAUGCGUACACAAUAAAAAUUACUGAUCAUCA